UCACAUUUACUGCACAAAUAUUUGCCGAGAAUCGACUCUGCUGCCAGUCCCAGAGCCAGGCUCUACAGCCGCAGCCUGGUUCAGAGCCCGACAAAGACUGAAGAGCAGAGAGGCGGGACCAGACUCCUGGGUUCUGGGUUCGCGAGUCUCACGCCGGCCUCGAGCCCUGGCAAUUCACUCAGGGAUCUAAAGCUGCCUCGGUUUGGUUCGGGACUGCACUCGUCGCUGGAGCGGGGAUCCUUGCCUGGGCGGCGCAGUAGACCCAGCUCUCCCUGAGGCCUUCUGCGGCUCCGGGGUGUUCACGUCCAUCGCAAAGACCGGGGACCGCGGGAACUACCCGCUUCCGGAUUAAAACCCGCGGGCUUUUCCUGUUCAGGAUGCCUAGAGUUCUCGUACGAAUUCUCGCGAGAGUUCCCAGGGCUCGCGAGAAGUUUGCUUCUAGUCCAGGAAUUGGAAGCCAGAGUGGAUGAGGGUGGUCGCUAGUCGCCCAUCUGGUUGGGGCACCUUGCAUAAAGUUGCGUCUGCACAGCUCAAAAGCCCCUAAGGGCUAGUCUUGGCUGCGUUCUGCGGUCCGAGCCCCCGGGGCAGAGCCUGGCAGUGCCUCCUUGCACUGGCUGCGGUGGAGGCGGGCUGGCGGGUGCGACCCCUGGGAUGCGGCUCCCUCCCAGCUCGCAGUGCCACGGUGGCGCGGGGGGAGGGGCGGCCCUCCGCGGCGCGCAGCCCAGACCUGCGGCCCCGGCCGGGGACGCGGCCUACUCCCCAACCCCGGUCGCCCGCGGAUGCGGCACCUGUCGGGCGUGGGAGGAGGGGAAGAUGGCUGCGCCCCGGGGAGAAACUGGGUGUGGCUGGCUCGGGGCGGCGGCCUUGGCCUGUGGGGGACCCUGCCAUCCAGCAGCGCCCCGGCAGCGGUGCAGACUGGGCGGCACCGGAGCACCUCCUCCAUCCCUCCAGGCCGCUGCUGUGGUCUCCCUCGAGGCCGGACGGGGUGGGGCACGCCUGGCAGCCUGGGUCCCCGAACUCCCCCACGCGGCCCCAAUCUGCACACUCCUCCUCUCCCGCCUCUGGUGUUGGGUUACGGGUCCCCUGCGCCAGCCCAGAAGAAAGGGCCUGGGGAGGAUCCCUGGAGGCUGCAUAAAUUGGCGUUUCAGAGCCCGGGGAAAGGGGAUACGACUGUGGGGGACAGGAGAGGGCGACGGAGCUGCCUUUGAGUCCCAAGUCCGCGCUCACUUAGGUCCACAGUAGGGAGCAGAGGUGCUCGGCCUAGCCCGUGGAGCCCUCUGCUGGCUUCCCCCGCUUGUCGGCCCUUUCGUCGUGUGCGAUGCCCCAGGUGCAUGCAGGGCUCCCAGCCAUCCGUGCCACGGCGGCCUCUACUCGGCCCCUGAUGUUGCUCCUGCUGGGGUUGUGGACACUGGCUCCCGCCCGCGCCAAGCCACCCCCUGCUCCCGACCCUCUGCGGCGCGGCUGGCAGCGACUCCUCGCGGAGGGCGAGGCCUGCGCCCCCUGUCGACCGGGAGAGUGCGCCACGCCUCGGGGCUGCCUGGCGGGCCGGGUGCGAGAUGCUUGCGGCUGCUGUUGGGAGUGCGCCAACCUCGAGGGUCAGCUCUGCGACCUGGACCCCAGCGCCCACUUCUACGGGCGCUGCGGCGAGCAGCUGGAGUGCCGGCUGGACGUGGGUGAUGCCCUGAGCCGUGGGGAAGUACCGGAGCCGCGGUGCGCCUGCAGAACCCAGCGCCCGCUCUGCGGGUCGGACGGCCGCACCUACGCCCAGAUUUGCCGCUUGCGGGAGGCAGCCCGAGCUCAGCCUGACGUCAACCUCACCGUUGCACACCCGGGCCCCUGUGAAUCGGAGCCCCAGAUCCUGUCACAGCCCCAUGACGUUUGGAAUGUGACAGGACAGGAUGUGAUCUUUGGCUGUGAGGUGUUUGCCUAUCCCAUGGCCUCCAUCGAGUGGAGGAAGGAUGGCUUGGACAUCCAGCUGCCAGGGGACGACCCCCACAUCUCUGUGCAGUUUAGGGGUGGACCCCAGAGGUUCGAGGUCACCAGCUGGCUGCAGAUCCAGGCUGUGCGACCCAGUGAUGAGGGUACCUACCGCUGUCUUGCCCGAAAUGCUCUGGGUCAAGUUGAGGCUCCUGCUACCCUGACUGUACUCACACCAGAGCAGCUGAACUCCACUGGCAUGCCCCAGCAGCAGUCCCUGAGCCUAGCACCUGAGGAGGAGGCCGGAAAUGAAGAAAGCGAGGAUUACUACUAGGUCCAGCGCUCCAGCCCACAGGGUGGAAGAGUAUUCUCUUGGAAGGGGCAAGCAGGGCCACUUCAUGGGUUGUUUUGAUGCUCCUAGGAGAGUGAUCAUGCUGGUGUAGUAGGGAAGACACAGGCUGAACAAUGGCAGGGAGAGGAGAAGAAAGGAGAGGGGGUGGGAUGCCAAAGGGCCUGUGCAUAAGAAGAUCUGGCUCAGAAGAUCUCCAGCACAGGCCAGCUAGCUAGAAGGCAGCAGCUGCCAGCAGGCCCUGGAUGGAGUCUGACCACUGCUUGCAAAGAGGUUCAGACUCCAGGAUGCCCCCUUGUGUUCCUCAGCUCUUCCUCAGCCCUGCGCAGCCAGUCUUCUCAGCUGCCCUUCCCCACAGCCUCUCUUCCUCCUGCUAUCUUCCUGGUAAGCAACUUUGGCAUGGCCUCAGGUUAGCCUUCCUCAGAACUCAUCUUCUAGUUUUCCUUCUCAUCCCAGGCCUACUUACAACAUCCUAACUGCAAUUCUUCUUGCUGCUCACCAUCUGCUCUGUAAGAACACAGCAGAGUUUAGUUCAGUGCAGGAAGGGGCUGCUCCUGCUUCCGUCUUAUUCUGCUAUGUAGUGGACCCCACACAAGACAGGCACAGUAGGCACCAAUAAAGAUGAAUAAACCAAGCACA